GGUGUGUCGGCAGAGGACAGGCUAAUCUGGGGGUGAACCCUUGAAAUCACGAAUUUUUACUUUAAAUUCAGCGCUCUGGAAUUGCGUAUAAAUCCUGUUUCUCCUGCAAUGUGCUUUGCUCAAGAGACCACUUUAAACUGAAGCACUUUCUCCAUGAGUUCCACAAGAGUUCUUCAUCUCCUCAGUCCUCCAAUGCCGGGUCCAGUUAUGCCCGUGGAUGUGGCUGUGCAGCUGUACAUCACCCAUUCUCCCCCACUGCGCAGCUUCCUGAGCUCUUAUGAAGACUACAGGACACGCAACCUGGUCAACACCUGCUACAAACCCCUCCGGCCCUGCUUGAGCUCUAGAGCGCACCUGGAGCCCCCUCGUCUGGACUGGCAGACCCCAAAAUCCAAGGCCAAAAAGAAGGUUGUGUUUGCCGACUCAAAGGGUAUGUCAUUAACCGUGGUGCAUGUCUUCUCAACUUUCGAAAACAAAGAACCUGUUACAUCCGAACUGCAAUUUGACCUGGAAAACUUAGAGGACGUCACAGGAACUCUCCAUAUAAAUUCAGUCCAGAGCAGAAUUCUAGAUUUUCCACAGCCAGCAGCAGACUACCUAGAUUUUCGUAGUCGGCUGCUGAAGAACUUGGUUUGUUUGGAGAACUGUACCCUACAGGAGCGAGCCCUCACUGGCACUAUCAAAGUGCGUAACCUGGCCUACGAGAAGUUGGUUCAUGUGCGAAUCACUUUCGACACCUGGAAGAGCUUCCAGGAUGUGGAAUGCACGUUUAUGAAUAAUGUCUAUGGUUGUCAGGAUACAGACACAUUCUCGUUUGCCAUUGAACUGCCUGGGUAUGUGCCCCCUCAGAAUAAGGUCGAAUUUUGCAUUAGCUACAGAACUGGAGAGCAGACCUACUGGGACAACAACGAUGGCAGAAACUAUGGACUGGUUUCAACAUCUUGGCAACAAAACAAUACAUGGAAUUCCACAAACCAGGGAAAGAAACUGAAUGAAUCCAGAAAGUUAGGCAGGAAAACACAAGACAAGGAAGUUUAUAAAUGUAAAAGUCCGCUCCAAUCCAAUGGCAUUUUCCCAAACUGGCAGAGUUGGGGGCACAUUGCAACCAGUGGCCCCUACUGGUGACUUGAGCUCACGUAAUUAACUAUCCAAAUGUGUUGAAAGCUUUUAGCACCAAUAUAUCUCUCGGUAUGACAACAGAAGAAGAUUAACAUUCUCUUAAGAGCUCUUAAUAUGAUUUACCUGCUGAUUACUUUACAAGCAGACCUAGAUCAGCUGUCUGUUAGCAGAUUAAAGAGGGGACAGAGACUGGUUGAAAUGGUCACAUAGAGUGAACCUUGUUUCUUUUAGAUGGAACAUGUUGCUUCCGUGCAAUACAGCAUGUUUUAUUCUUUUGAGUAAAAUGUGCGAUGACCCCUUUCAUGAAGCGCUAGACCGCUAGGAGGUCUCGAGUAAACACUAUAUAACAUCUUUGUCGGUUCAUUGUAUAAAAUGUGCCUUUGUCAUAAGUGUGCUAAGAUCAUUUUUUGUUAUGCUGCUGCCAUUGUGUGCCACAUCUGCAGACUGUGCACUAUAAAAAAUGAUACCAAGUGAAAAUCAAGUCUGAUCAUUUGAAGAGGAUAUAUCUGUGUCACUAGCCAAUUUUCAGCAGAUUUCCAGUUGAAGAUUCUAUUAUGGAAGAGAUGAACAGUUGGUAUGCAACCAACCAGUGAGAUUGUCCUUCAUAUUGAAGGGGUAACCUUUACUGGCUACAAACUUUCAGAAGGAAAAAACAAAGAAAUAUUAAUAUUUAUCAUAUUUAAUAUGUACUCCAUGAAUAAACCAGCCUUGAAAUAAAUUUAGUUUUAUUUUAUCAAGUUUUAAUCUGCAAGAUGCACGCAUGUUUAGGUGUCUCUUUUUUUAUUAAUUUUUGUGUUGGAUGUGUUAGAAAUGUAAUGCAACUGAACGCAAUAAGCUAAACAAAUGGCCUGAUAAUGGUUUUUGUGCAUUAGGAUCUGCUCAGCAAAUGUCAUUGUAAAGCAAGUAGUGUCUUUUGUUGGGUAAUUUUUAUAUUUUAAGUGCAAUUCAGUGAAAAUUAGUGGAAUUGGUUGUGAUGUCAUGUUCAAAUCAGAUGUGAAAAAAUGGCUGCAUUUUAUGAAAGAAAUAAUUGAUGUCUUGGUAAAUGAGUGUGUAU